UAAUAAAUCUCUCUCUCUCUCUCUCUCUGUAUCUAUUUCAGAGCCCUUCAAGUUCUCUCUCAUUCUCUCUCGCCUCCGAAGUCGAACCGGCUUUUCCCGUAGCGUCUCGGCAGCGCAGCUUCGACUAGACGGGCGCGACGGAAGGCUAAAAGAGAGCCUCCGUUUCGAUUCCGUUGAAACUUACCAGAUCUUCUCACUUCAUUUUUUACUCUUCUUCUUUCUCUAAUCAAUCGCAUUUCCCAGCUCGAUUCUUCUUUUCUGCUUUGCAUGAUUAGUAACCACCAAAAGUUGAACUCGUCUGGCUUACUCGUAUCUAUUAAGGAUCCACAAUGAUGGGAUCCUUUCUAACCAGAGGACUGGUGAUGGUUUUUGGCUAUGCCUAUCCUGCUUAUGAAUGCUUUAAAACCGUGGAGAAGAACAAGCCAGAGAUUGAGCAGCUUCGGUUUUGGUGCCAAUACUGGAUUUUAGUUGCAGUGCUGACAGUCUUUGAGAGGGUUGGAGAUACUUUUAUAUCAUGGGUACCAAUGUACAGUGAGGCCAAAUUGGCAUUCUUCAUAUAUUUGUGGUAUCCUAAAACAAAGGGAACAGCAUAUGUGUAUGAUUCCUUCUUUAGGCCGUACCUUGCGAAGCAUGAGACUGAAAUUGAUCGUAACUUAUUAGAGUUAAGGACUAGGGCUGGGGACAUUGCAAUUUUAUAUUGGCAAAGGGCUGCAAGCUAUGGCCAGACAAGGGUUUUUGAGAUUUUGCAGUAUGUUGCUGCACAGUCUACAGCAAGGCCUCGCCCUUCACAGCAACAGCAGGGUACUGGGGUUGGCCAAACUCUGCCUACUACUCCAACUCGCCAGAACUCUGUAAAUAAGCAACAGCAGGGUACUGGGGUUCGCCAAAUUCUGCCUACUGCUCCAACUCGCCAGAACUCUGUAAAUAAGCAACAGCCCCAACAGUCAUUGUCACAUACAUCCAGUGUUGCUACUUCAGCUUCAUCUGAGGAACAGAACGAACCAGCAGCUGAAGAAGUUGCACCUCCACAAGCGCCUUCUGCACCCCCUGCAGCUGUGCGGCCCCAAACAGCAGCUGCAACUGAGCCUUCUGGUGAAAUAAGUGCCCAAGCAACAAAAAACGAAGCAGAAGCAACGCAGAUAGUGCCAGUCCAGUCCUCGAGCAAUGGAAAUUCAAAACCACAGCUACAGGAGAAGGUCAUGGACGAUGCCAUCCGGGUGACACGUGCAAGAUUGAGGAAAACACGAGCUGCAGCGAACCGUUAAGAAGUGUCCCCUGUUAUUCUUUGCCUUCCUUCUAUAUUAAGCAUUUGGUUGUAGCAAAUGUAAGUAUGGAAAUAAUGGCGAAGACAAAGGUAGAGUUGGUGCAAAAGGGAUAAUGCUUAGGAGGGUAUGUUGCUCUGAUGUUGUUGGUGUACAUUUUUUUAGCUUUUUUCCAUUUUGAUCUUCAAUUCGUUGGUUUUAUUAA